AUGGCAGACUCGACAGCAUUGUCCACAUCAGCCAGCGAGGGGCGAACGGAGCGGGCCACCAUAAUGAUUCAGCUGCAGCAGCCCAGGAGUGGGGGACCACCUGCUGCAAAGGGAAAUGGUCACUUCUCGCGGGACAAAUUUGGUCCGCGGCGGGUUCCAGCCGCGCCUUCCGACUUCGCUGCCGCCCCCAGGGCAGCAGCAGCAGCCGUCGCCGCUACCACGCCGACUGCCCGUCCCGUUGAUGCCUCCCGCGCAGCUUCCUCCGGGAGCGCCCCAGGUGGUCGCUCCGGCGCCUGCGGUCCCUCUUCAGUCGCCACCGCCUUCGGAGCUGAUGGACGUCGACCCCUCAGCCGGGCCGCCUUCCCAAGCGGUGGCUGUGCAGCCUGUCCUGCAGCCGCUUUCCUUGGGCACCCCCAAGGAGUCUGA